AUGAUAUCGUCUGCCAAAGCCAAGAGCAAUGUUGAGUGUGCCUUUUCUUCCAAAGACUUCAUAUCAGCAGGUGGUGGGACAGGUGCAGGCUUCAUCAAGGGAGCCCAUAGGCCGUGUUGUUUCAACAAUGCCCGGACCUUGAUCUGCCACAAACUGAAACUAUUCCUCCCAGUAAACUUGUCGGUUUUCAAAACUUUUACAUUCAAUCAUCGUUCUUGCCUGAGCGGAUCUGAACAACCCUGCUCUGAUACCAAUUGUUAUUAUUUCAGCUGUGCUGAUUCGAAGGAUAUUGUAAGAUUUGAUUCUGUUCAAUUGAAGAAAUUCACUAACAAUUUCAGUGAAGAGUAUUACAUUGGAAGGUUUCAGUUUGGCAAAAUAUUCCGUGGACUUUUCAAGUAUUUGUGUAAAGGUCCUAUAUACCUCACAGUGAAGAUAUGGGAUGAUUACGAAAAUCUGCAACAUAAUUUACUCAGACAGGGGGAUGAAAUGUUACUUUUGCAUCAUGAAAAAUAUACUUGUCAUCCUGGGAUGGCUAGAAUGUAUGGUUAUUGUCCUGAAGAUAAAUAUGUUGCUAUUGUAUUGUUCUUUAAGCCCAUGGAUUCCGUACAUAAUCUCCUGUUAAGAGAUGAAUUUACAUGGCUAUAUAGGAUUAAAGUUGCCUUCGGAGUGGCUUCCAUCCUCAAGUAUUUACAUGAUGUAUCGCCUCACAUUGACCCUUUCAUCAUUCGUAAUUUGGAUGCAGCUCAUAUUUUGUUAGAUGAGGAAUACAAUCCGACAUUGAUUGAUUUUGGCUUGAUAACUGGUGGAAUUUUUCCAAAUCGACCAAUGAAUGUGGUUAAAUCAAGCUUGGAAUGCCAUGAUCAAGUGUUACCAGUUUAUGACAAAAGUGGCACUUGGACUACAAAGAGCGACGUGUAUUCUUUUGGGGUGCUUCUUCUAUGUUUGACAUCUAAAAGAGAUAAAGAAGACAUUAAGAAGGUAUUCGUGCACAAGAGUUUGAGGACAGAUCCAACAUAUAAUCGUGACGAUGGGCAAGGAAUUAGGAGACUGGCGGUGCAAUGCCUACAAACUAAUCCAGAUUGUAGGCCUACUAUGUUGGAAGUUGUAGAGGAUAUGCAGAAACUUAGAGUGGUUGAGAGCCACCCGGGAGACUUUAUGAGCCUGAAUAAGAUUCCGAGGGUGAACUAUCCUAAUCAUUUGAACCUGACUAGAUCACAUUUAAUCCAACAUGUAUAA